AUGCCAGCUCUAUCCCCCAACAACGUCGACGAUCACACUUUCUUUCCUGGCACAGAAACCACGGUACUUUUCAUCAUUCUUUUCGUGUGUCUAGGAGGAAUUUUGAUUCGCAGGAGAAUUUUAUAUGGCUCUGUUACGACAUCGACCACGGAAUAUCAGCCUCUGAAGAUGUCGACUAGUGAAGUUUCCGAAACGGAGAAGACUCAGCCUCACUACACAGAUGAUGAGGGUGAGCCGAAAAGACAAGAUGAAAAUUUACCACAUCUGAAAGUAUCUGGUCACUCACGAUCAUUAUCGUCAACAUUACCACCACCUACGCUUAAGCCAUAUCUCUCUCCUAUCUCAUCUGCUUCGAACGCGGAAUACUUUUCCAGCUCACCCAUGACCGACACGCCGAGCACUUUCUCACCAACAACAAAUUUCUCGUCACCGACAGCGUCAUACUCACAAUCAACCUCCUACUCAGAAUCUCAGGAGCAACCAACCACAGAUGGUCCGACCCGUCGACGCUCAUACACCAAGACUCUCUCGCUUCCAUCACCCAAUCAACCCAUUGCUCACCCGUCAGCACAAACAAUAUUUCCCGCUUCAACGUCUCGAGCAGCGCCAGAUGCCUAUGUCCAGCCCGGAGGAGUGCCAUUAUAUUAUACGGCUUCGGACAACAUGAUUGAAGUCGAAGUCCAAGGAGAGAUUAUUGUUGCCGAGGGAUGGAGACGACAUACCAGAGUAUUUGGCGGCGGAGUGUGCAAGGCCUGCGAGGAGAGCAAGGAAAAAGAGAUUGAAAGACGAGGAACAGCCUGA